UUUUUGGUGAUAACAGACGUAGAAAUUCUUGUUGCUCAUGGAAAAAUAAUAAAAAUUACAAGAAUAGACAAAAAAAGUUAAAUAAUUUGAAAACUAAAGCAUAAGCAAAAGGCUUACGAAUAGAAUACAUAAAUGUAGCAGACUUUUGGGUGUAUUUUUCCAAAAAACAAGUGCCAAAGUGCGUAGAUAAAAAUACCAUAUUUGUUAUUUUGAUUUGCAAGCAGUAUUUUCCGGCAAUGAUAAAUAUGAGACCAUAUGUGCCCUCAAAUCGUAUCGCCAUACGCGAUUCCAUUGAUGAAGACAUUAGCGAUGAUGUCGAUGAUGAAGUUUUCAUCAAAGAUUCCAAAACAUCCAAGAUGAGUGAAGAAAAGGGCCUGAAACGCCCGCUGAUGGCUCCGCGACGUAAAAACGGUAAAACACACUCCUCAUCGCCCAUCAUGAAAAAGCAUCGACGCUGUUGUUGGCGUUGCUGUGAACCUUUUUGUUAUGGUCUAGCUGCCUUAACCAUUGUCAUAGCCUUAAUCAGUUUGAUUGCCCUUAUCCUCACCAUGGUACCGGUAUCAAUGCAAAAGCUUAAAGGUUGGCUCCAUAAUCAGCGUACGGGCCCCGCCAUGGGCCUACUCGAUGACGGCCAACGUUCAUACGGUGAUAGUAUGGGCAGUGAAUUUGUUCCUUGCACCCAAAUAAGUGUCCAGAAAUUGUGGUCACGUACAUUUCCGCGCAUGAACAGUGAAAGUCCUGUCCGCAAGACAGAUCUUAAUAGAGAUGGUAUUAUGGAUAUUGUGUUUGGAUUUGGUGUUGAUGACAACAUCCAAUAUGAGGGUUAUCCUCUGCCCAAAUGUAAAAGUCCCAUACAGGGAGAUGAAGUGCCUUGUGAGGGUGGUGUUAUAGCGGUGAGCGGUAUGAAUGGUGAUCUUUUGUGGCAGACAUGGAGUGUGGCAAAUGUUUUCUCUCUGCUGUGUACGAUGGAUAUUAAUCGAGACGGUUAUACGGAUUGUGUUGCAGCUGGACGAUUGGGGAUGAUAUUCGCCAUUAAUGGACGCAAUGGCAACAAUAUUUGGGAAUUUCGUGAAAUUGAAGUUGAAACCAAUUCUCCAAUUGUUAUGGAUUUAUACACCAUAAAUAUUGUACGAGAUCUUGAUGGCGAUGAAGUACCAGAAAUAAUAGCUGUACAUUUGGAAGAAAGAGAAGAAUCUAAGGCCGGACAUAUUAAGGUGAUUUCUGGUAAAACCGGUAAAGUUAUACGAACCAUACCGACACCGUAUAAAGAGGAGGUAUUUGUACCAAUACAAGUUAUUACCCAAGAAGAUGGCACUGAGUUACUACUAAUUAUAACGGGAGGUCAAUCGACCCCUGGCGGCGUUUACACCAUACGUUUGAUGUCAUUAAUGAAAUAUACCAGUGAAAAAGAUUUCAAUGCCAUAUACAGGCAUAAACAUUCUGGUUUAAUGGUUCCUUCAGUAUUGGCUGAUAUAACGGGUGAUAAAAUUGCCGAUAUUGUUGUGUCAUCAUUUAACUCUACCGUAAUGGCAUUUGAUGGUCGCAACUUUUCCAUGUUAUGGAAUUUCACUUUCCAUUCGAGUGAAAGUGUGAGUGCCAUAGUACCGGGUCACUUCAAUCAUGAUGAUAUACCCGACUUUAUGGUGAAAUAUAAUACGGGCCCUGGAUUUCCGGUAUACUAUUAUUCUCAGACCACAAUAUUGGAUGGUAGAACGGGUAAACCAUUACUUGAUGCCAUGAUGACCGAUUCGGGUGGUUCGAAUAGUUUGCUGGGCGGUGUUUCUAUUUCGCAAACAUUUGGUGGUGAUUUCUUUUUGCAUUGGCAAAUGCAGUGUCGCGAUAAAAUGGAUGUCAAGGAUGCGUAUGAAUUUGUACCAGAUAGCGAUAUAAUUCUCCAGGCCAGAGCGGAUACUUGUCGUUUGAGAUACAACACAUCGAGUGUUGUAAAAUUGUAUGCCAUCGCUCGACAUAUUGAGCCACCGGGAGCGGUGCUUUUUAGUACAGAUGAUCUUGAAGUCCAUCUGAAUCGAACACAACCCAGCACUUUGUCAAAUCCCCCACAAAAGACACCAAAAUCUCCUCUCAAACAUCCAAAGCUAUUGAAAAAGCUUUUGGCCAAUAAAGAGCUCUUGGAACGUGUUGUUGCCGCUGAAAAUCUGGAACAUUUGGAAAAGUCAAAAAAUCAAUUUCGACAGGAAACCGCCAGAGAUCGUUUCGUAACACCAGAGUUGAUACAAGAAGCAUUAGAGAAAAAUGAGAUGCCCGUGGUAGAUGCCUACGAUGCUUUGAAACAACAAUUGAAUGUUCCGUAUUAUGGCGGAGCAUUUGCCGGAAACGCGCCCAUUAGGGAAUUUCAAAAAGACUACGAACUUGAACAACCACAACGCACAGCAGUCGACUAUGAAAACGUCUAUCCCGAUUCAGAAAUACCCGAAAUUGUACCACCGAACGAUCAUCCCAUUCGUCUACGAACUAAAUAUCCCGGAAAUCGUGAUAUACGCAGUGAUGUUCCUACAUUCGAAGAUGAUGCGGAUGCCAAUGCAACAUCAAGUCUUCCCAAAGGAGGUGUCCCCUCAAAUAAACUCGAUAAGGAGGAGCCGUUAAGUUUAUGGGAUUUGGAAAGGGAAAAAGAAGAGAGGGAUGCCAUGAAAAAAGAACAAAACUAUGAAAUGCGAACUAAUGAAAUCGAGGAGGAACAGAGAGCUGAUGUGCAGCCACAAUUUGAUGACGUUAAUAUUGAGAAGAAACGACGACGUCGCCGGCGUAGACGUCAAAGUGAAGAAUCUAGUACAGAAUCAGUUGGUGGUGGUGCUGAAAAGACAGAUAAUGAUGAAUGGUUUUUGGCUUCCAUAUCUUCAACCGGAGUCCUCAUGAAGUCGUUGAACAAUACUAGAUCAGCGAUAGAUUUUGCAUUUGUCCUGAAUAUCCGAGAAUCCGAAGCUUUUCCACCGUUAUUCUUGCCACAGGACUUAAAUUGUAUUGAGGAGAAAAUAAGCGCCUACAAAAGCUACACCAUGGAUAAUCAACGGGCUUUGCGACGGCAAUUCCUAAAGCAAUGUCUCAAUGAACGCAUGAUAAACAUCAAUCCCGAAAUGCCCAAAUAUGAGUCACAAUUGGUAAUCACUCGUCUGAGUAUAACAUGUACAUGCCGUUCUUUGCAGCCCGGUGAAGUAUGUUCCGAAUUAGAUGACAUUGAAACUCAAAGGUGGACAGAAUUUAUGGGUAAUGAUGGCAAUGGAUUUUACAGCAAUUGAAAAAAACGGAAAAGAGAAAAAGAAGAAGUAUUUAGUGUCAAGAUGGUUGGUUAGCUUUUUUCCAAACGAAAGGUUGCGAAAUGUUAAUUAUUUGCUACAAGAAAUAUGGAAAAUGUGGCAAAGCUUUGUAAUACAAAGAUCAUAUUGAAUGUCUAUGCAUCAUCUAUGCCUCAAGAUUUUUUUCUAUUAGAAAGGAGGACUUCAUCCAGACAUACAAGUGCACAAAAGUUUUGAUUUUUGUUUGUUUUAUUUACUGGUUUUGUUUUCUAAACUUUACAAAAUAAAAGAAGUAUGCACACAUUUUUUCUCGACAGACUCUUAACUUUUUUCGAACUUAAUAUUUAUAAGUCUUUUACAAUUUUGUUUUACGAAAUAUUAAAAUAUGUACGUAUUUAUGUAUAGAAUAUAUUCAUGACUUUUUGUGAGAUAUAUAGUUUUAUCAAUCGAACCCUGUGUAAACACUGUAAAAUUUAAAGCAAAGAAUUUAUUUAGAACAUACCCAAAUACAAAAUAUUAAUUCAAACAUUUUAUUAAAACUA